GAAUUAUGCCUCCUGUUAGAUGGAAAGAGCUCCUAUUUGUAGCGGCAAUGUCGAUAUAUCAGGUUCUCACAGUCGCAGAUGCUCAUCGAAAUAUGCAGGAUGCCAUCUCGAUUUCAGCCGACGGCUGGCGACCCAUCGUCGGAACGAGAAGGCAACCCCCUGCGUUCAACUCGGAUGCCCGGAUCACGCAGUACAAAAAUCCAAGUCAAGUUGAGAUUGUCAAGGCUGAAACGAAACUACUGAGCUCUUCCAACGCCUCAACGUCUCCUGAGAAGUCCACCAGUAAGCCAUAUGUCGUGGAGAAUUUGAAUAACAUCAAUGCGGAUCAUGGAUCUCGAUUGAAUGGUGGCUCCAAGAUCCCACCCCACACCAAACACGCCCCAAUAAACCCCCAAUACCCACACAACGGCGGCUAUCACACCAUCCCCACAGCGACCCAUACGCCACCAAAAGUGGUGAUAAAGAGCGUCACGCCAGGUCGACCGUUACCGUUGGUGAUAAAGAAGAUCACCUCGCCACCACCACCGAGGUUUCAACAGCAGUUGCAGCCGCAACCACCACAAAAGCAGAAGCUGAAGCCCUUGAGGGGGCCGUUAGGCCAGCAUAGCACCAGAGAGGAGGUGUACGUUCCAGGUCCAGGCGGCCCAGGCAGCUACCAGUUCAUCAGCCAUCCCUCCAGUAACGUGAAGAUUCGGGAAGCACAAGGUCUUGGUCUGCUGGGCACCAAUCAUUACUCCGUCAACCAACCUCAUGGUCACAUCGAGUUCACAAAUCGGUUUCCGUCAAACAAUGGUCAUUUUGAGCAGUUCAAAAGCAACCCGGUUACCUACAUUUUCUCAAAAUCCCAGCCGCAGCAAUUCAAAAAUCAGAAUGACGAAUAUACGAGAAACUUGGUGCCUCCACCGGUAGGUAGGAUUCCCCAAGAGAAGCAGAAGCAGAAAAACAUCCCCAAGCUCCAAGAUAACGUCAUAGUGCCAUCGGUCACGGAAGCAGUGAUCAAUUUUGAUAACUUUGGGGCCAUAAGGGGAGCAAGGCCACAGAUCCACGAGAACCUAGUACCGUUUGGGACCUUCGGUUUCCCGUCGCAUCAGUUCAAACCGAAAGAGCAAGUGUCAGAUGUCCAGGUGACCAAGGAACACGUGAAAUAUCAUCAUCCAGUCAGCACCGGAGGACUUUCGAACUUCAGAAGUCCGGGUCUCCCAGAUUUUGGGUUUGAUUUUAGGUCUACGACUAACCCUGCGCAGCCACCAAGGCUCCAAACUUACGAAGUGACAGAAGGUAAAUGGAUCGAUAAUCCGAAUCCGUUCACAUACAACUUCCAACGUGGUCACACACCUCCUCACAGAGGACAACACGGUACAGCUAGACCUGAGAUCUCGCCACAGCCCAUCGUAGAACUCAACCUACCUCCUUUCCUUCCGACCCCUUACUCGCCUGAAGGCACUGUGCCCUCACCAACUCAAAGCGACGCCGCCACUGUCUUCUCGCAGGUCAGCCACAAGAUGAAUAAGUACAAGAACGAUCAGCUGACUACGAAUCUAAUGUUCUUCGAUAUCAAGGAGGUCUCUACGCACUACCCAAUCCUGGGCAACCCAGGCUUCGAACCAAAUCCUACUCAAACGGACACCCCAUUGCCGAUGAAUGAAAACGGUGAGAUUAACGAAAUCACGACCCAACAGCGUGAGGAAACAACUACUCAAAGGCCAAAAACAAGGAGGAGAAGGCCACAGCCCAGAAGGACUACUACGACGUCCACCACUACUACAACAGAAGAGCCUGCCAGGUAUACAGUGGUAGAGAAUUAUGAAUCUCAAAAGACACAGGAUAACUCGGAAAAUGAGAUGUCAACAGAAACUGAGAGACCAUACAGAAGACAGAGACCAAGGCCGAACAGGUACCGAGAUCCUGAAGACAGACCUAACAGAGUUAAGGAUUCCGAUGAAAGGCCUAACAAACUAAGAGAUUCAGAAGAUCGGCCUAGUAGGCAUAGGACGCAACAGACUACGGGUACAGGUGACGGCGAAGACAUCAGCAACGAGAAACGUGUCAGAGGAAGAUACAGAUUUAGGCAAAGAGGUGGACAAUACGAAAGUACCGAAUACCAAAACCAACCAAUUCGCAGACGGAGACCCACCACGACAGAGUCGCCUUACAACCACAGGUCAGCCGAAACAGAACCUUCCAUAGACCAAACUGGCGAAGGUGAAACUUUUGUAGAAACGCAAAAAGUUCGACCCACGCAAGAGGUCGAGGCAGAAACCUACAAUAGGUAUAAGGAGGAAGAGCAGACAACAUCUGCUAACGAGUUUGCAGUGGCGACACCUAAUGCUGAAGUGACAGAGGAAGCCAGUGUGGUAUCAGUUACCGAAGCUGUUGAUACUACGAUCCAUAACGCCCCCGAAAACGAAGUCGACUUUUCCACAUCUCAGCCUCUACAAGAACAUUCUUACGAACACCAAACUGUUAUUGUUACUACUCUACCCCCUACUACAACCCCUACAACUACCACGACUACGGAGGAACCAUCUACUACCAAAGCGACCAAAUCCAGGGGACGGCCUAUGAAAUACAAUACCGCUAACAGGCCCAGAUUCAGCGUGAAAGACUACAGGCAGAGGUUGAAUCAAUAUACUUCAACGACGCCAUCUACUACCACGGACUUUUCAAGGUCCUCUUCAGAGGGACCAAAGAUUAGGUUCCCAAGCAGGCUAAGGACGAGGCCUACAACCACUACUACAACCACCACACCAUCGUACCCACGAGAUGAAGAAGGAAAUACCGAGCCAAUUUUCAGACGCAAAUUCAAACCCAAAGAUCCUAGGCACCAAGCUUCGCCCGCAACAGAGACUGAAAAUGCGAAUGUCAUUACAGAAAACACCGUGAAAGCGGUGAAUCCUCGGUUAAGACCUUUUGGCAGGUUCAGAACGACAACAGAAACCAGCGAAACAAAAGUUUCUAUCAAAUCGGAUCUCUUCAACAUCGCGAGACGGCGAAACAGCUUCAACUCAAGGAAUAAACUCAGAAAUAAAAAUGCCACUGAAGAUGCAACUACUGUCAACGAGAUCGAAACUACGGAACCAAUUACUACAACACAUGCUCAGAUAGAUGAAAAUCAAGACGAAGAAAUUAGCACGAAAAUCCAUAGAAAGACGACAGAACCGUCAAGUACAUCUACCGAGUCUAACACAGAAGCUGUCAGUGAAGAUGACUACUCUCAAAGAGUGUCAGAGUUGACAUCCUCGUUCAAGAAUGACGACGGGUACUUCAAGUCACUGUCUACGAAUAGUCGUAGGAUACCAAGUCACUUUACAAUAUCUACUGAAGAUCCCAUACUGCCAAUAGAAGCUUUUUUUCCAAACAUAAAAGAAAAAGAAAAUAAGGAGGGUAACUGAGGUACAAAUUGAGAUUAUAGUUUUUUUUUGACAACUGUGAUGGACUGAAUCAUUUUAGACUUAGAAGCUAUCAUUUUUUAUUCUGCUAAUAGCAUCAACCAAAAAGAUAAGAAAUGUCUCCUGUACACUUUUUGAAGAGAAGAAAAGAUUAUACUCAUACACACACAUUGUAAACCAAAAAUAAUUAAAUUCGUAAUUGUACAGGUUCAGUUUUAGAUUGAAAAUUAGGAAGAUAACGUGUCGUGUAAAUACACCGAGAAGUGAUAAAGUUAAGUCUACAACAUUGGUUUAAAUAGAAGGGUGUUUAUGAAUUUGCUUGUUCGGAAAGGGUUUCGAUGUCUCUACUUUCAUUGUUUUGUAGAGCAGCAUCACAGAUGUGGUCCUAAAAUUGUUAAAGUUCAUAGCCACGUUAUAUGAAAACAUUUUACAAAAUUUGCUGAGCCCGGCACUAUGAACAAAAUCAAAUCCAAUUGAAAUACGGAUCGGCCAGAUCAGCAAAUACUUAUUUUAAGCUGAAAAGUUACCAGGGAAAUAUUGUCGAAAUCUUAGGACAGCAAAUUCAAGAAAUAGUGUUUUUGUAGCGUAAGAAUUGUAGUAUAUUUAUUUUUAUUUAUUUAAUUGUAUACUUCAUGUAAUAUAAGAUAUUUGUAUACA